AUGGAGGAGCGGGGCCAGUGGAGCAACAAGAUAGAAUUUAUCCUGUCUGUUGCUGGCUCCAUCAUUGGCCUGGGCAACAUGUGGCGCUUCCCUUACCUCUGCUACAAGAACGGAGGAGGUGCGUUCCUCAUCCCGUAUCUCAUCUUCCUGUUUGCCUGUGGUGUUCCUGUCUUCUUCCUGGAGACAGCCCUGGGCCAGUACACCAGCCAGGGAGGCAUUACCUGCUGGAGGAAAAUCAGUCCCUUGUUUGAAGGUCUUGGCUACGGUACCCAGGUGAUAGUGACUCUGCUGAACUUCUACUACAUCAUUGUUCUGGCUUGGGGGAUUUUCUACCUGUCUUUCUCUUUCACUUGGGACUUGGCCUGGUCUUCCUGCAACAACACAUGGAACACUGAAAACUGUAUGGAGUUUGAGAGGAGAAACAACUCCAUCAGUCAAAAUAUGAACUUCACCUCUCCUGUCAUGGAGUUCUGGGAGAGAAGAGCACUGAGGAUUUCCCCAGGCAUUGACCACAUGGGCUCUCUGAACUGGGACCUGGCCUUGUGUCUGUUCAUCGCCUGGAUCAUGUGCUACUUCUGCAUCUGGAAGGGGGUGAAAUCUACAGGAAAGGUGGUCUACUUCACUGCGACCUUCCCAUAUGUGAUGCUGAUUGUGCUGCUGAUCAGAGGGCUCACCCUGCCUGGUGCCACCAUCGGCAUUAAGUUUUACCUUUACCCUGACCUGGGACGACUGGCGGAUCCACAGGUGUGGAUGGAUGCUGGCACCCAAAUCUUCUUCUCCUACGCCAUCUGUUUAGGGUCGCUGACUGCUCUUGGAAGCUACAACAAAUACAACAAUAACUGCUACAAUGGCACCAGUUUUGUGGCAGGCUUUGCAAUCUUCUCCAUCCUGGGUUUCAUGUCUUAUGAACAGAAUGUUCCCAUCUCAGAAGUGGCAGAAUCUGGUCCUGGCCUAGCCUUCAUAGCUUACCCCCGUGCUGUGAGCAUGAUGCCUUUCUCUCCUCUGUGGGCCUCCCUCUUCUUCAUCAUGAUCGUUUUUCUGGGACUUGACAGCCAGUUUGUGUGCGUAGAGAGCCUUGUGACGGCCAUAGUCGACAUGUACCCUGCUGUGUUCCGCCGCAAAAACCGCAGGGAGCUCUUCCUCUUGGCUCUGUCCCUCUUUUCCUUCUUUAUGGGUCUCAUCAUGCUGAUGGAGGGCGGCAUGUAUGUCUUCCAGCUCUUCGAUUACUACGCAGCUAGUGGCAUGUGUCUUCUCUUCAUGGCCAUCUUUGAGACUGUCUGCAUUGCAUGGGUCUAUGGUGCAGACCGCUUUUAUGACAACAUCGAGGACAUGAUUGGCUACCGUCCAGGACCUUACAUCAAGUACUGUUGGUUGUUCUUCACCCCAGCCACAUGCAUUGGUACUUUUGCCUUCUCCCUCAUCAAAUACACUCCGCUAAAAUACAACAAUGAGUAUGUGUAUCCGUGGUGGGGGUAUGUCAUUGGCUGGCUGCUCGCUCUGUCCUCCAUGCUCUGCAUUCCCUUUUGGAUGGUGUACAAGAUCAGCAUCACUAAGGGGACACUCAGAGAGCGCAUCCGGGUGCUCAUCACACCAGCUGAUGACUUACCCAAAACCAAGAGGGAGCAAGAGAGGUUACUGGCCAUCUUUACUCCAGAGGGAGAUGCCACCAUGAAUAAAAAUGGCUACUUUCCUGUCUCAGAGAGGGACUCCAACUUAUGAGCCCCCAGUGGGUGAUGUUUAUCGGAAAGACUCGUGGGUUUUGGCUCCAUCACAGAGAUCACUGCAGGGAAAGUGUGUUGUG